UUAGCUGUGGGUGAAUGUGUGGAGGAGCCAGCUGGCUUUGGACAGGUCCUGCGGCACAGUCCGUGGCUUCUGAGGGAAAAGGGCCUCGCGGUCGUCGUCCGGCUCCUCCCAGGUCGCGACGCCACCGUGGGACUUGUCGUCGUGGCUGGGCUGGGACGAGGGACAAGGGAGGAAGUGGGAAAUAUGAGUGAGCAUGUGAGAACAAGAUCCCAAUCCUCAGAAAGAGGAAAUGACCAAGAGUCUUCCCAGCCAGUUGGAUCUGUGAUUGUCCAGCAGCCCACCGAGGAAAAACGUCAAGAAGAGGAACCACCAACUGAUAAUCAGGGUAUUGCACCUAGUGGGGUGAUUGAAAAUGAAGCAGCGCCUGCUGUUGAAGGGUCUGACGUGGAAGCUUUUCAACAGGAACUGGCUCUGCUUAAGAUAGAGGAUGAGCUUGGAGAUGGUCCUGAUGUCAGGGAGGGGAUUCUGCCCACUUUUGAUCUCGCUAAAGUGCUGGAAGCAGGUGAUGCACAACCGUAGGUUUCAACCAAGACAAAUGAAGAUUGAAACCAAGAAUGUUAUUCUUAAUCUGGAAAUUUGACUGAUAACAUUCUCUUAAUAAAGUCUUACAGUUUUCUGCAAAGAA